AUGGCCAAAAGGAAACUGAGACUGACCUACAUCACCAAUAAUUCAGCCAGAAAAACUACAGACAAGAAAAGGAAAAAAGGUAUGAUGAAGAAGUUGAGUGAACUUAGCACUGUUUGUGGAAUUGAAGCAUGUGCAAUAAUUUACAGCCCAUUUGGCUCUGAACCCGGGGUUUGGCCUUCUCCUUCUGGGGUCGAAAAAGAGCAAAAAAAGUUUAAGAAUAUGCCUAUGAUAGAGAAGAGUAGAAAGACAUUGAGCCAAGAAAGUUAUCUAAGGGGGAUGAUCUCUAAAGCAAAUAAGCAGUUAAAGAGAGUGAGAAUGCAAAAUUGUAAGAAGGAAUUGAGAGCUGUCAUGUUCCAAAGUCUCACCACAGGAAUUCCUCAAUUCCAGAAUCUGAACCUAUUGGAUAUGGGUGAUCUUAGGUGGCUUAUCAACCAAAAAUUGGUCGAGAUUGAUAACAAAGAAAAGAGUCUCAGUAAUGAGGUGACUAAAAAUCAGAACCAAACUGAUCAUAAUCUCAUGCCAAAGAAUUCAUGGACUAUGAACAUGGUAAAUCUAAAACCUCCCUAA